AUGAGCCUGCCGCGGGCCGCGUGGGCCGAGGGCGGCCGCGAGCUGGGGGCGGCGGAGCCGGGCGGGUGCGCGCUCGGGCCGGGCUGGCUGGGCGUGUGCUGCGGCGCGCGCCUGCCCGCCGCCUCGCCCCGCUACCUGCUGCCCGGGGAGGCGGCGGCGGCGGCGGCGGCGGAGGGGAGCGCGGCGGCGGCGGCGGCGGCGGCGGCGGCGGCGGAAGGGAGCGCGGCGCGGGGCGGCGGCGGCGGCGGCGGGAGCAGCCCCGGCGGGGCGCGGGGCGCGGCGGCGGGCGGCGGGCGGCCGCGGGGCGGCGGCGGCGGCGGCGGGCCCGGCCUGCGGGCGCAGGUGAGCGGCGUGCAGAAGCAGCGGCGGCUGGCGGCCAACGCGCGGGAGCGGCGGCGGAUGCACGGGCUGAACCACGCCUUCGACCAGCUGCGCAAUGUCAUCCCCUCCUUCAACAACGACAAGAAGCUCUCCAAGUACGAGACGCUGCAGAUGGCGCAGAUCUACAUCAGCGCCCUGGCCGAGCUGCUCCACAGCCCCGCCGCGCCCCCCGACGCCCCGGGCAAGGCCGAGCACCGCGGGGCUCCCUUCGAGCCGCCCUGCGCCGCCGCGGCCGGGCCGUCGCCGGGGCCGCCGGCGCCGCAGCCGGGGCCGCCGAGAGCCUCGCCCCCCGGGCACGGCAGGACUCGCUUCCCCCCGCCGCCGCCGCCGGCCGCGGGGGGCUACUCCGUGCAGCUCGACCCGCUGCACUUCCCCUCCUUUGCGGAGGGCGCCCUGAUGGGACAGAGAGCCCCUUCCCCCGCCCUCCUCAUGCCGCAGCCCGGGCAGCCGCCGCAGGAGAGGAGCAAAACGUCGCCCCGGUCCCACAGGAGCGACGGGGAGUUCUCGCCCCGCUCCCACUACAGCGACUCGGACGAGGCCAGCUAG